UGUAGUGAACACUGAACUUGGAUUUUGCUCUCUGUCACUGGUUGAUAUAAAUAUGGAUGUCAUAAUACGUCUAAUUGGAAAUGACGAUAUUGAAGACAUGGAAUUUCAAGAGGAAAACUUGUGCUCCUCUAGCUCUAGUAUAUCUGACACCAAAUUUGACAUGACCAUAGGUCAUAUAGAAGACAUCAUAAUGGAUGACGAUUUCCAAGACAUGCAGCAAAAUUUCAUGGAGAAAAAUUAUGUACAUUUUGAAGACACAGAAGAAAAUAAGUUCAUUUAUACAGAUAUUUUCAAAGAAUAUACUGAUCUUAUAGAGAAAUUCAUAGAAGAUAAAUUAACUGCCAGAAUGCCUGGAUUUGUUAUGUCAGAAUUUACAAGACAAUUACAAACAAGGCAAAAUGAAUUAUCUGGUGAAAUCUUUGAAAUACUAUUAACAUUCAGUGAUUUCAUUUCAUUUAAGGAAAUGUUCAUAGAUUAUAAAGCGGAGAAAGAAGGUAGAACAGUAGAUUUCAGCUCGGGAUUUGUCAUUACGCCAUGUUCACAACAAUUAGAAAUAUCGUCACAGAAUUUAGAACCACCGACUAGUUAAUUUGUAGGGUCAAAAACAUUGUUUACAGGAAUGCCUUUCAAUCGGUGUUCCAGCUCAAGUCCCAUUUGCAACCUCAUCAAGUUGUGCAUCAACAAUUUUCACAUUUGCGCAACUUAAUGCUUUAACAAAAUUAAUAUUUGACUUAAAUUUUCUGGAGAAAAUAGCUCAGUGCUAAUUUGUUUAGAGAAAAGUUUCAAUGUCACAUGAUAAUCAUGUACAAUGUUUCUUGCAUUCCUUUUAAUGUACAUCAUUUAAUUCGGAAUUCUGGCAAAGAAAUUUAAAUACACAAGUUUUGUGACACGUUUAGCAAAAAGUUUAGUGAAAUUUGGCAAGUAUGUAAUACAUGUAUAAACAAAUUUACACAUUAAGCAAAUGUAAUUUGAGAAUUUUCAGAACGGUUUUGCAUCUAUACUUAAAAUUGAUAAAAGUUUGGUUCCAAUGUUAUUUUUUUUAUAACAUUCUAUACCCAGACUAAGUUUUAAUGUACACUGCAGUCAUUAGUCUAUUUAGAAAAACUGAAUUUAUGAAUGGCUGUAUUUUGAGUUAGUUUGAUCUUUAUUAUUUAUAUUCUUUCCUCCACUGUAUGUUGUCAAAAGAUUGUUCUUUGACUGCUAGGAAAAGGAACAGUUGAUGACCAUAUACUUUCUUAGUUAGUGGCAAUUUAACCAGUCUCCAUCCAAUAAUUAUAUUUAAUUUUCCUACAAAUAUCAAAGAUGCUGAUAGACCACAGACAGCUCUUGUUUGUCACUAUUUGUAAUGUUGGUGGUUUACCUUGAAGAGAAUUUUUAUAUAUGUAGCUAUUCAGGUGAAAUGACCAAUUAUUUCA